CUACAGGUAACGCAACAUGGUCGCGCCCAUGUAGUUUAUUGCAACGCUGUUCAAUGUAUGGCAUGUGAGACCAGCAAAACCUCAAAAGCGCUUGCUGCAAGUGGCCCAAGCCAAUGACAGCCACGCUAGCCUUUGUGCAAAGGCUUUUCCACUGUCCUCGAGCAGCAGUUCGCGCUUACAGCAAUUCGAACGCGGAUGCCACUGAGCGGCUGCUCAAGAUCAUAGAGAGCAUGCCGAAGGUGCCGACCGCUGCCAUACAGCUGAGGGCCCAGCGCAUCAGUGCGAAAGCCAAGAACGCCAAUAAGCCCAAGCCUCGGCCGUCCGAAAUAUCGCUCUGGGUUCUGGGCAAUGGGGGCCCGGCGAACCCCCAGUCUCUCUACGUCAGCACCGAUCAAGGACGAUACCUGUUUAACUGUGGAGAAGGUACGCAGAGGCUGGCGACCGAACACAAGAUGAAGCUGUCCAAAUUGGAGCACCUCUUUUUCACUCACAACAAAUGGAAAAACUUGGGCGGGCUCCCUGGGCUGGCUCUGACUGUGCAAGACAUUGGAGUACCGGAAUUCUUCAUCCAUGGCCCAGCGAACAUGGAGCAGCUGUUUGAAAUGACCAAGGGAUUCAUGAUGGUGCAGAAUAUAACGAUAACCAAGCGAAACCCAUCAGACAAAGUGUUUUCGGACAACUGCAUGGAGGUUGUUUACGUCCCCUUGUUCCCAGAUGAAGCUGUAGAUUCUUCUGAAAGUGAGGAAAAUGGUGCUAAAAGGCAAAGAAGAUGUUCUCAAGACGACCCCGACAGUGCUCCAGUGGUAGCCUACAUCUGUAAGCCGCACAGCCGACCAGGCCAGUUGAACUUGGAGAAGUGUGUGAGCUUUGGUGUUCCACCUGGCCCUUUACUAGGAGAACUGAAGUCAGGUCGAGAUGUGACGCUUCCCAAUGGCACAGUUGUGAAGUCAAGUGAUGUAGUGUCUCCAGAAGAAGCCGGCCCGGUAUUUAUUGUGGUUGAAGUCCCUUCUGAAGACUACCUGCAGUCACUGCUGGAAGCCGAGCAAUUUAAGAGCCACCAAGUCACAGCCAGCGAUGAGAAGCAAGCAGCCAAAGUGGUUGUUCAUUUCACCCCGUCAUCUAUCAUGAGGCACCCUUCAUACAUGGAAUGGAUCAAGAGGUUUCCUGCAAGCACAACCCACCUGGUUUUAAACGAGUGCGCCAGCUCACUGAGCAGCAUUGCACUCCAUCGAGCACAGCAUCGCCUCCAUCUUCUCAGUUCGUCCAUAUUCCCAUUACUGCAUGUAGAGGAGUCGUCAGGUCUUCCUAAGGAGCUCACUGAACUAAACUGUGUUGUAGGUGACACACUGUCAAAAUACAGGCUGCGUCCAUUUCGAGGACUUCAAAGGGACUCGGUUGUUCGUGUCGACCCCGAAGCCUACGUGCAGGAGGCCCACUCUAGUUUAGGCUUCACCGAGAAGCUUGAAGAGCUGAGAGAUGCUGCUGCAUCGAAGAAAGAUGAAGCGUCUGGCAAGCCCUCUCAUCCCGAAAUCCUGUUCCUUGGUACUGCGUCUGCGAUUCCCGGUAAAGACCGUAACGUCAGCGCCAUUCUCGUCAAUGUCAGUGAGGACAUGACAGUCCUUCUUGACUGCGGCGAAGGCACGUUUAAUCAGCUCGUUCGGUUCUAUGGCCCCGAACGUGCCAGGCACAUAUUGACUCGACUUGACUGCGUCUUUAUCUCGCACCUUCAUGCUGACCAUCACUUGGGUUUGGUCAAAGUGUUGAAAGAAAGACAAUCUGCCUUUGAGAUUCUGGGCAUCCCUUACAAGCCUCUUCUCGUGGUGGCCCCGAGGUUUAUGGUGCCGUGGAUGGCCCGCUGUAGCCGGGCGUUCGACUCGGUGGCGGAACUUUUCAGGUAUGUGGACAAUGCUUUGCUGCUUUACGACCAAGUGUCACCAUCUCCAGAGAAGUUGGAGUUGCUGCAGAAGUUAAAGCUUAAAGACUUCAGCACCGUGCUGGUUCUGCAUUGCAAGAAUGCCUACGGUGUGACCAUCACUGCAGAGACGGGCUGGAAGCUGACCUACUCUGGUGACACCAUGCCGUGUGAUGCCCUUAUCGAAGCCGGAAAGGGAAGCGACAUACUCAUCCACGAGGCGACGAUGGAGGACGACUUAGCCGAGGAAGCCAUUGUCAAGACUCACAGCACGACAAGCCAGGCAAUCGAGGUUGGCGAGCGGAUGGAAGCCAAGUUCACCCUGCUGACCCACUUCAGCCAGCGUUACGCCAAGCUGCCCCUCAUCUCGGACAAGUUCCACGGCAGCGUGGGCUGCGCAUUCGACCACAUGCUGGUGCGGCCAAGCGAUCUGCCCAUGCUACCGCUGCUCUUCCCAGCAUUGAAGAGCCUGUUUGCUGAACACUACGAAGAAAUGCAAGAAAAGACUGCAAAGAAGCUACGCCAGAAAGCGCUGCUCAACGCGUCGAUGCACACGCCAGACCUCAAGCAUCAAACAUCUGCUCAAUAGCGAUGAAUUUGUGUGAAUCGUGUAGAUAAGUUGUAUGUGUAAUGUAUAUGCGACACGCCGGCUGAACAUUGUACAUUGUCAAUGUUGAUUUCAUCUUCUGUAUGUACAAGACGCAAAAAUAACCGUAAAUGACUAGGAUAUGUACGAGCAGGUAAAUAAAUGCUGAUACAGCCAACUUGCAAA